AUACAGUACAAUUACACGACAGACUUUGUUAUUAUCGCUCAGCUGAUGGAGUCUUAACUAUGGCUACUUUUAAAUUAUAUCAUUUCCUCAUGUCGAUCAGCUGAUUGACGUGUCUACAGAAGAGUAGUACAAGCUGAGUCUGGUGCAGUAAUCCCUAGGCCUCCUCAUAUGUCCUUUUAUCACAGAAAGAAGAUCAAUAAUGAGAGGUCCACUAUCAGGAGUAAGAGUUUUAGAUAUGACAAGGAUUCUUGCAGGUCCUUUUACGACAAUGCUUCUGGGAGAUUUAGGAGCAGAAAUAAUAAAAAUUGAAAAACCAGAGUCUGGAGAUGACACAAGAUCAUGGGCUCCUCCAUUUUGUGAGAAUGAAAGCACAUAUUUCCUCUCUAUAAACAGAAACAAGAAGAGCAUUGCUGUAAACAUCAAGGAUCCCAAAGGUACAGAAAUUGUCAGAAAGCUUGCUUCAAAGUGCGAUGUUCUGGUAGAAAAUUACUUACCUGGAAAACUGGACAAAGUGGGUUUAGGAUAUGAUCAGCUGAAGACAUCAGCACCUUCCUUGAUAUAUUGUUCAAUAACAGGAUUUGGUCGUGGGGGACCUUAUGAUCAGAGGCCAGGAUAUGACGUCAUGGUGUCAGGUAUUGGGGGACUGAUGCACAUAACGGGCCCUGAGGACAGUGAUCCUUGUAAGGUUGGCAUUGCAGUAACAGACAUAACUACAGGACUGUAUGCACAUGGAGCCAUAAUGGCUGCACUUCUUCAGAAACAAACAACUGGACUGGGACAGAAAAUAGAUUGCUCCUUGCUGGCAUCACAGAUAGCUAUGCUUAGCCAUGUUGGGACAAGUUACCUCAAUGCUGGGUUUGAGACUGGACGCUAUGGGACUGCCCACCACAGUAUUGUCCCAUACCAGGCUUUCAAAACUUGUGAUGGACACUUCCUUGUAGGAGCUGGAAAUGAUGGAUUGUUUAGGAAACUUUGCAAAUUAUUAGGUUUAGACAACUUGGCUGAUGACCCAUUAUAUGCUACAAAUGCAGCCCGAGUCGAAAAUCGUCACAAGUUGCUUCCCUUGCUAAAAGAAUGUUUUCAGCAACGAGGAACAAAGGAAUGGGCCAAGGCGUUUGAGGGAUCUGGCAUUCCUUGCGGACCAAUUAAUAAUAUAAAAGCAGUGUUUGAAGAUCCACAGGUGAAAUACAAAAAAAUGGUGCAAGAGUUAGAACAUCCCACGGCAGGAAAGAUUCGGAUACCAGGACCCGCUGUGGAGUACAACGGACAAACCUGUCAGGGGCUCCCUAGGGCACCUCCUUUGUUAGGACAACAUACACAUGAAAUUUUAACAAAUCUUCUUGAAUACAGUAACAAGGAGAUUUCUACUCUUGAGCAUGAUGGAAUCAUAGAAUGUCACCUUCAAAAAUAAUUCUAAUAAACUAAUUUGGCAAUUUAAAUUCUGACAAUCAGUACUGUAGUACACAAUAAAUUUUGAUCACAGUAAAGCCUAAGUACUGUUACAAGUCCGCAUAUUCAGCUCCAAAAUUGAUGUGCUAUUAAUUUAAUUUCAAUAGAAUGAUUUCUUUUUACCCUUGUGUUUUAAACAGAGGUAAUUUUGCCACAAAUUUGCUAGCAAUUAAAUUAUGUAUUACAAAAAUCUUUCCUUUGUUUUAGAGCCUAAAUUUUUUGGCAAAAUUUUAGGACGUCCGGUUGAAUCCUGAAAGCGUUGUUCCAUUUGUCAAAGUUCAAAGUGUGAUUUUCAACGUCUGGCCAAACUGAUGUUAACUCACACUCCCCACCCCCACCCUUAUAGAGCACAUUUGGAUUGACUGUCGUAAAACAAACCAAAAAUAAUCACAACAGCCGAUCAGAGCGAAGGAAUAUAUCACAAAAAGCCAAUAAGAAUUCAAUAUAAAAACAAACUGCUCAUAGUGC